AUGGAGACAAAUCCUUACGGCUCAUUUGCAAGUCCUAAAGAAAAUGUUUAUGCGAAAUGGUAUGUUGAUGGAAAGGAUUAUUUUUAUGCGGUGUCGGAAACUUUAAUGGCCGCAAGAGAUGAAAUUUUUAUUGAAGGUUGGUGGCUUUCUCCAGAACUAUAUCUUAGAAGACCUCCUGCAUGUAACGAAACUUUCCGCCUUGAUGAGCUAUUAAUAAAAAAGGCUAAUGAGGGUGUCAAGAUUUAUGUUGUUUUGUACGAAGAGAAUCCAAUAAUUAUGUAUUUGAACUCCAAACAUGCAGAAAGUGCGCUGAUGAAACAUCCAAAUAUUAUUGUGUUUAGGCAUGCUGAAAGAAGUUUUUGGACGGAUGUCGAAUGGGGAUUUCAUUGGCUUUGGAAUAGAGUUUUUCCAAAUACUACUAAUAUUAAACAUCCAGAGACUGAUCCUGAUUCAUUUUGGACCCAUCAUGAGAAAAUAGUAGUCAUCGAUAGACAUACCGCCUUCAUCGGUGGAAUAGAUAUGAGUUUUGGUCGAUAUGACACCCACGCUCACUCCUUAGCAGAUUUUCCGACAAUUGCAAAUUUUUCUGAAGUUUGGCCUGGUCAAGAUUAUAAUAAUGUUAGGAUCAAAGAUUUUGAAGAAGUUCAAAAGUGGAAAACUGUUUGGAUAUCUAAAGAAAUCUCAGCUCGUCUGCCGUGGCAUGACAUAUCUAUUGGAUUCAUUGGAGAUCCUACGGUAGAUGUUACAAAUCAUUUCAUACAACGUUGGAACUUUAUUAAAUCCAGAAAAGCGAGAGAAUACUCUAAGUAUCCAUUUUUAAAAGAAUCUGUUACCAGUGAAAGUCCAAGAGUCAGAACGUACAAUUAUUUUAAUGAAACUGCUGAGAUUGAUUCUUUAAAAGGCACAUGUUCUGUGCAAAUUUUAAGAAGUGCUUGUAAGUGGAGUCUUGGAAUUGAGCUCGAGAAAUCAAUUCACCAUGCAUAUGUGCACACUAUCGUAAAUGCAAAACACUUUAUUUAUAUUGAAAACCAAUUUUUCAGUAAUUAUCAUACGGCAACUCAUAACGGCGCUAUAUUUUAUAAUAAGAUUGGAAAGGCACUUGUAAGACGAAUUAUAAAAGCUCAUAGACUCAAAGAGAAAUUUCGAGUUAUUGUUGUGAUGCCAUUGAUUCCAGGUUUUGAAGGUCAACUUGAUGAAGAAACAGUGUCUUCUGCAGCUCUACGGCUAACGAUGGAUCUUCAAUACCGCGCAAUAUGUCGUGGUGAUGAUAAAUUUGAUGAUUCAAUUUGGGGGCAACUCAAAAAAGCUGAUAUUAAUCCGGAAGAUUAUAUAUCUUUUUACGGUUUACGUACCCAUGCUAAAAUCGAUUCUGAAGCUAUUAAAAAAGCAACGAAUAUUAUAUCUGAGACAAGCCAAAAAUUUUUCAAAAAACUUUAUCCAAAAGGAGCUAAGUAUGACAAAAACCCGAUUGUUACAGAGCAAAUUUAUAUACAUUCCAAACUUAUGAUCGUGGAUGAUCAAAUCGUUAUUUGCGGAUCUGCCAACUUAAAUGAUAGAUCUCUAUUAGGAAGACAUGACUCAGAAAUCGCAGCAAUCAUUAAAGACACGGAUGAAGUUGACUCAAAAUUAGCAGGAAAAUCUUUCAAAGCUAGUAAAUUUGCAGUAUCGCUAAGAAGACAUUUAUUUAAAGAAUAUCUUGGAUUGCUUCAAGAUUCUGAUGACGAUUUGUCAAAAGUUACUCACUACUGCUACCCCCCACCGUUACAUAUUGAAAAUGAAUCUUGUCUCUUUAAAACAGAUGAUGAAAAAAAAUUAGAAGACCCUGUUAGUGAUGAGUUCUUCAAUUUGUGGAGAAGCACAGCUGAAGAAAACACAAAGAUAUACAAUGGAGUUUUUCACUGUUUACCUAGUGACGAUGUUAAAACACAGUCUGAUUAUGAAAACUUUACACCGAAAUCAAACAAAGUUCCGUUAGGUCAUGUAUACGAUGAAAGUAAAAUUCAAGAAUUAGAAGAUAUUAAGGGAUAUUUAGUUCUAUUCCCUUAUGACUUUCUAAAAGAAGCAGAAACUAUAACUUUUAACAAAAUUAAAACUCUUAAAGAUUUAAAAGAUGAUUUUGGCGAAACUAAACUUAGUGUUGAAGACGAAUUGAUAGAAGAUUUAACUAGACUCAUAGAAUCAACUGAUCCAAUAUUCAACAGAUAUAAAUAUCAUACUUUUCCACAACCAAUGCCAAAAAUGCAUAACAUUCCUAUCGUUCUUGGAUUAUUGGAACAAAUUAAGAGAGCUG